AUCAAGUUUGCCUGAUAUCCAUCAACCAGGCCCUGGACACCUGGUCUCAGCCCAACUUCGCCUGCCUUGCUGUGUGGUCUUGGCUCCCUUCCCAGUCCACAGCCAUGGCCACCUUGGUGGCCCAGAAGCUUAUCCACCUUCUGCCCAGUUUUCGGCAGGCCCACCAGGAGCCUCAUCCAUCUGUGCAGCCAGAGCCUGUCUUCACGGUAGACCGAGCCAAGGUGCCACCCCUCUACUGGAAGCCGUACAUCUAUGUGGGUUACCGGCCACUGCAUCAGACCUGGCGCUUCUACUUCCGCACGCUGUUCCAGCAGCACAACGAGGCGGUGAACGUCUGGACCCACCUGCUGGCAGCCCUGGUGCUGCUGCUGCGGCUGGCCAUUUUUGUGGGGACCGUGGACUUCUGGGGAGACCCCCACGCACGGCCCCUCUUCAUCAUUGUCCUCGCCUCCUUCACCUACCUCUUCCUCAGUGCCUUGGCUCACCUCCUGCAGGCCAAGUCCGAGUUCUGGCAUUACAGCUUCUUCUUUCUGGACUACGUGGGUGUGGCUGUGUACCAAUUUGGCAGCGCCCUGGCACACUUCUACUAUGCCAUCGAGCCUGCCUGGCAUGCCCAGGUGCAGACCAUUUUCCUGCCCACGGCCGCCUUUCUCGCCUGGCUUUCUUGCACUGGCUCGUGCUACAACAAGUACAUCCAGAAGCCCGGCCUGCUGGGCCGCACGUGCCAGGAAGUGCCCUCAGCGCUGGCUUAUGCACUGGACAUCAGCCCGGUGGCGCACCGCAUCCUGGUGUCCCCCAACCCUGCCACCGAUGACCUCGCUCUUCUCUACCACAAGUGCCAGGUCGUCUUCUUCCUGUUGGCUGCUGCUUUCUUCUCGGCCCUCAUGCCUGAGCGCUGGUUUCCUGGCAGCUGCCACCUCUUUGGGCAGGGCCACCAGCUCUUCCACGUCUUCCUGGUGUUCUGCACUCUGGCUCAGCUAGAGGCUGUGGCGCUGGACUACGAGGCCCGGCGGCCCAUCUAUGAGCCACUGCAUACCCGCUGGCCCCACAACUUCUCCGGCCUCUUCCUGCUCACCGUGGGCAGCAGUGUCCUCACCGCAUUCCUUCUGAGCCAGCUGGUACGGCGCAAACUCGAUCAGAAGACCCAGUGAAGGGAGGUGGCAGCUGGUAGGGAGGGAGGUAGAGUGGGAGCCCAGGGGUCCGGGCUUGGCUCCAUAUAGGAACAAGGCCUGGUAAAGUUGUUUGUGUCUGCAGUGCGGUGUCUCUGUGCGCACGCCUCAGCUACCUAGGAUGGCAUUGGCUAGUCCUUGGAUUUAGGGAUUGGCCUGGAGUUCUGGGGUCCAUUCCUGGGCCUGCCCUAACUCCCUGACUUGGGAGCGGGAAAGAGAUAAAGAUGUGGCUACCCUGGUUUGCCCCCCCACAUUGCCUCUCACUACAGGUGAGGAUGGGGAGGGGGAGGGGGAGUCAGCUGGGGCCAGGACUCUGGUUUGGGGCUUCCAGAUUAUCUAGAGGGGGUGAAGGUGGAAUUUAGGCUAGAGUUAGAUUUGAGCUGAGAGGCAGAGGAGGCCUCAGCAACGCCCAUGUACCAGAUUUCAUUGGUGGGUGGGGAAGGGGCAGGACCGAAGUGUGUGCAGGAUCUUACCAUUGAGCUUCAGAGUCCCCAAAGGUAAAGACUGUGCUAGGUGCAGGUGGAUCCCACCCAGUGCCCCUUAUCCCUCAGUCACUCCCCUGCAGCUCACCCUCCUAGCUUUGGCCUCCAUGUUCCAAAUGUCCUGUUCCCAGCCAUUCUCCUGGUUUCCACUGGGCCCUCUGGAUCAAAGACUUUAAUAUUGGGAUGGACUGUCAGGGGAAGCACUGAGGAGGGAAUAAUCAGUAUGGCCUGGGGCCCUCAGGGUUUUGGGUGGAGAAGGGUGAAUAGGAGUUUGCAGACGAGAAGAGGAAAGGUAUUCCGGGCAGAGGGGGAAACCUGUACAAAGACCAAGGGGUACGGAAGGAGUUCAGUGGGGCUGGAGCUAGGGGCGGUCUGGACUUUGAUAUGUCUUGGAUGCAAUAAAGUUACUGUGAUAACA